AAUUUGAUUGUUCAGAGCCUCGGCUCUAUAUCCUUUUAUUGAUUGAGAUUUGCCCUAAACAGUAAACCUCCUUUCCCGCUACCGACGUUAGGGCUCUUAUAAACUCUUCUUUAAACCUCUCUCUUUCCAAUUAUCGAAAACACACACCCUCCAUCUUUCUCUUUCUUUUUCUCUCUGAGAUUAUUGAAAACUGGUUUCAAUGGCUCUCGAAGCUCCUUCAAAAGAUGAGAAUAAGAAGAGGAGGAGGCUGAAAGAAAACUCUGUAUAUGGAAACUAUAAGAGCUAUUAUGGGUACCGGGUUGACCACUCAUUAAGUGAAGAACCUCGAAUGAAGGUAAUGAAAAAGGAAUGGUUUGAAGACAAAGAUUGUCUUGAUAUUGGCUGCAACCAAGGGUUCAUGACUAUUAGCAUAGCAAUGAAAUUCUUUUGCCGGAGCAUGGUUGGGAUUGACAUCGAUCAGAAUUUGGUGGAACGCGCGAAGCGAAACCUUCAAAGGAUAGCUGCAACCAAAAGUGCCAUUACUUCUCUAGAGCCUUGUGAAGCAGAGAGUUCAAAAGGCACUGAGUCUUUGGAACUCUCGAAAGAUCAACCUACACUCAAAGGAACAGAUCUUAUUGAAAGCGUGAAAUUCCGAAAAGAAAAUGUCUUGGAAAAAUUGCAGCCAUGCUCUCCAGAGUAUGACACCAUUUUGUGUUUGAGUGUGACAAAAUGGAUCCAUCUGAAUUGGGGUGAUAGUGGAUUAAUUGCUCUCUUUGCAAAGAUGUGGCAUCUGCUUCGUCCGGGUGGCAUUCUUGUGUUAGAACCUCAGCCUUGGGUGUCAUAUCAACGAAAGCGUAGGGUAUCUGAGAGAGCAGCUGCUAAUUUCAAAGAUAUAUUGAUGAAACCUUGUUAUUUUCCUGAGAUUCUCCUCGACAAGAUUGGUUUUAGACAUAUGGAGAAUGCUACCAACAACUUGCAGGGGAGUGUGGUCGGAUUCAAUCGGCCGAUAUUUGUAUUCAGGAAGUGAUGGCACUCUCUUGUCCUUUUUUUUUUUGGGCGGUAUUAAUAUUGUUACAAAUAUAUAUAGCCUUUGGACUUUGGUAAAUUUGAAAAGGUAUCGAGUUAGGUAAGUAAAAAGAGGUACUUCAUGUACAUGUACCAAAAGGUUUCUCUGGGGAAGCAUGCAAUUUUGAUACUAAGGAAAGCAUGAGGAAAUUAUCCCUUUUC